AUAUACAGCUGGGGAGCUCUGCAACUCAGGGUGAUGGACACAGUUAAUCAAUGCCUUUGCGUGCAAAGCUGCGGGGAAUUGGGCUCCUCGGGGAGCCAGCACUGACCCGCGGGGCCCAAUGGCCUCCGCUGCUGUCACCAUCCCGCGGUUCCAACCUCGCACCCUCCUCCCCCGCAGAACCAGCGGCAGCUGCACCCUCUCCCGCCCACAACCCGCCGGCCAGGCCCGCGGCACAGCCGAGGUCAGGCUCACGUCCGUCCGCACCCGGGAACCGACCGAGCCGCCGGCAGGGGGGCCUCCGCUACUGGGUCUCGGCGCGCCGCUCAUCGCGCCUGGAGUUGGCGGCAGCUCGGCGCUCGUUUAACCAGCCUGGAGCCGAUCCCACAAUCCACCGCUGCGACAAUGGCUGGAGUCCUCAAGAAAACCACUGGAUUGGUGGGUCUUGCUGUGGCCCAGAAUCCUCUUGAGAAAUUGAAAAUUUUGUACACAAGAGUCCUCGCUGUACUUGAGUCCAUCCCUCCAGAAGCAGCAUAUAGGAAGUACACUGAGCAGAUCAUCAAUGAAAGGUUUAACGUGAUCAAAUCAGAGCAUGAUGUUCAAAAAAUAGAAGAUAAAAUCAACUGUGGCCAGAUAGAGGAAAUCAUUUCACAGGCUGAGAAUGAACUUUCUCUUGCAAAGAAAAUGGCCAAGUGGAAACCUUGGGAGCCAUUAACAGAAGAACCCCCUCACAACCAAUGGAAAUGGCCAAUUUAAACUUCAUAUAAAUUUUUGGUUAUGUAAACUAUUUGUUAAUUCUGUGCUGUAUAAAUGUCAAUAAAAUAGUUCCCCGAAACAUUGA